AUGUUUAUAGAUGAGUUUAUGUCGGAGUCUGUUAGUGGGGAGUACUACAAAACCGGCAAUAACUUAGAGAGCGCAUUUGAAGCGUGGAGGUCCCGCGGGGAGAACCUCACCACACCAGGAUACCUACGUCAGUGUACCCUGUCUAACCUGGACUCCGGAGAUGAUUUACUUCCCUCUGGUCUCCUUGACAAGAUCAACCUGGUAUCCUUAUGGAUCAAAGACGUCCCCAUGAUACUGAUGAGUGUGUACAUAGCGGGAUGUCGAGAUACCGCGGUCACCGUGAUACUGUUGGUCAAGGUUGUGUCCACUCUUCUUGAGGUUCUCGUAAAUUUGAACUCUUCCUUGACAUCUAUUGUGUUUAAAUUCAUUUACGAAACUCCGAGUAACUUCAAACCACUUGGGGACAUUUACUACAACUAUGGAGUGGCAUCCCUCACAAACACUGGAAGUUGUUUCUUUACUGCGGCGACACCUUCAUUCUCACUAAGCUACUUUAAAGUCACGUCCAAUUUAGAAAGCAUUAACCCUUUGAUGAGUGUAUCGGACGUCAGUGUGGAGUACUACAAGGCUGGUAGCACCCUGCGUUCUGUCUCCGAAGCUUGGAGGACUGGGCACCUUGGAUGUAAUCCAACCGGGAGAUCUGUACCCAAACAUGACAUCUCCAUCAGGAUACCCUGUCUCGAGUGGGAAUCAAUGGUUGCCCCAGAUACACUUCAAACUACUUCGACCUUAUCCCCCACAUCUAUAACAACAUCGAAUACCACUACUACGGCUGCAGCCAAUCCCAAUACACGCACAACGAGCGUCAACAAUUCCGGGACACUCGCUGUCACCGAAGUUCCUACAACUUCGCCCAAUUCAACUUCUGAAACUACAAUCAUAUCUCCUUCAACUAGAGCUACUUCAACUACGCCCAUCACAACUCAUUCAAGUAAGAAUUCUACAACUACUCCAACAACAGACACAACACCUUCAACAAAACCAACAACCCCUACAACUACUCCAACAACAGACACAACACCUUCAACAAAACCAACAACCCCUACAACUUCUCCCACAACUUCUUCAACUACUCCAUCUACAACCACAACUCAAACAACUUUAACUCCUACAACUACUCCAACCAAACCAACAACUUCUCAAACAAAUACUACAACUACAACUUCCCCAACAACAACCUCAACUCCUAUAUCUGCAACUUCUUCUACAACUACAACCACAACCUCUACAACUACGCCAACGUCUCCUUCAACUAAAUUUACCCCGACCACAACCACAACACCUACAACUACGCCAACGAAACCUUCAACUUCUUCAACAACUACUCCAACUUCUCCAAAAACUCCUACAACUACACCAACAACUACUCCAACACCAACCACAACCCCUACAACUACCCCAACAACUACUCCAACACCACCCACACCCCCUACAACUACACCAACAACUACUCCACCACCACCCACAACCCCUACAACUACACCAACAACUCCUCCAACACCACCCACAACCCCUACAACUACACCAACAACUACCCCAACACCAACCACAACCCCUACAACUACACCAACAACUCCUCCAACACCAACCACAACCCCUACAACUACCCCAACAACUACUCCAACACCAACCACAACCCCUAGAACUACACCAACAACUACUCCAACACCAACAACAACUACUCCAACCCCAACCACAACCCCUACAACUACACCAACAACUUCUCCAACGCCACCCCCACCCCCUACAACUACACCAACAACUACUCCAACACCAACCACAACCCCUACAACUACACCAACAACCACACCAGCCAUUGUGAAUUGA